CCCAAAAGUACCAUAGUUUAUCAAAAAAAAAGAAAAAGAGAAGUGACAUGGUUCAUGAUGUUAUUCAGCAUGUGAGUUCUACCAUUUUUUUAUACCAAGUCAAAAUAUCAAAGUGAUAUCAAACUAGACAGAUCAAAAACCAAUAACGGUAUUAAUUAAACCAAGAUUUAAAACAUUUUCAGCUUUAAAAAAUUUAAAAGAAAAAAUACGAAUUUUGGAAUAUCUUUAAAGACGAAGCCGAAAUUCAAAAAAAAAUAAGAAGAACGUACUUCCAAUACAUCCGUAAGAUGGUGGUAUCAUCGAUUUAAUUAAACAUGUCGAAAAUUUGGAUAUGUGAUAUCUUGUGUAUAUUAGUUAAAUGUCAAUAAUUCGUGUAAAAUUCCAAAAAAGGAAGUUAAUUUCACUUAUAAUUUCUAUAUUUAUUGAAAAUAAUUAUUAUCCAGAAAAUUUGUACACAUGGAGGAAAACAGUAAACAUACCUCUGAUAAAAAGGUAUUUAUCAUAACUCCGGAAGAGUUAGCUAAACUCGGUAUUUUAGAUUCCCUGACAGCUGAAAUAAAAAAUAAAAAUGCAGAAAAAAAAAUAGAAACACCAACUGCAUCUACAUCUACUAUAAAACCGACACAUUUCUUUAAAAACACCACAGAAAAAAUACUGCUAGAUCUUUUUAAGCAAAAUAAAGUUUGUAAUAAACUUGAAGAUGAUAAAGUAGUUUUUAAAAAACCAAGACAAGCAUCAAACUUUAACGAAAUCAAGGAUAAUGCAACUAUUACCAAAUUCCCUCAAACAAUGGAUGGAGAAAAGAAAAUAAUAGAUAAUGACUUAUCAAUGGCCAGUAGUAGCAAAAGUCAAUGUGCAUUUAAUAUUUCAAUGAAAAAUGUGCAUAAUACAUCAAAUAAAAGAAAAUUACAAUCAAAAAAGGUUACAAAUAAACAAGAGAGCAUGAGUGGUCAUGCUGAUUCAAAUAAGACAACGGAAGAAUCCUCUGUAUCUGAAAGGAAGAACAUUGUCAAUUUAAUAUCUACUUCUUUGAAGGAUAAACUCAAAAAGAAUAUUUCCAAUAGGGGAAAAGUAUCUGCUUCAGAAAUUAAAUUUAAUGGUGACUUCUCAAGUAAAAUUCAUUCUAAAAAUAGGAAAUCCGUUCCUAGUUUUAAAAAAAGUGCCCAUGUUGGAAUACAUAAUAAUAUGAAUACUACUACCAAUCCAUCUAGUUCACAAGAUUUGAUCAAAAGUGUGACUAAUAUGUUACAAAGCAGUAUAAAUAAUGUUGAUAAGAAUAUUCCAAAAAUUAAUGAACAAUUUAAAAAUAAAGAAGUGACUAACACUAUUAUAUCCUCGGAUAAAGAGGCAACUGAAUGUGUAAGAGAGAAAACUAAAAAUAAAAUAGUUAUAUUAGAAAAUAUAAAAAUUUUAGGGGUACAUAGUUCAGGAACAAGUGAAUUGCACAACAAAAGUUCAUUAGUAUCUAGACCUAAAACUGAUCACAAUACAAAUCUUCAAAAUCAAACACAAACUGUUAACCAGAAUAUUUUACAGGACCCACUUAAAACAGAAUUUGCAGUAAGUCAAAUUUCAGAAAAACCUGAAAUCAUUACUUCAAAAAUAUCUUUAACACAAGAUGACAAUAAUGUGAAUGUACCCUGUAUGACAGAAUCACUUAUGAAAAAUACUGCAGAAGAAAAGCUUUUACUAGAUUCUGCUAGGGUAAAAUCAUUAGAUGUAAGCAAUAAUUUUGAAAACAUUAAAGUUAGUUCUAAGAGAACAGAGGACAGUAAUAAUUUAGAACCCGGUGUCCUCAGAAUUACAACAAAUAAAAGGUAUUUAACAGCAGGAACUGUAGAAACAGUUUUAACAGAUAAUAAACUACAUGCGCCUAUUACAAUUGUUGGAUUACCAAUUAUUAAAACCCCACUAAAAGAGAUGCAUUCAAAAGAAAUUAACAGUGAAACUGAAGAAUUAGUCAUAAAAAAGACUUCAUCAACAUAUGAUGUUGACAAAGAAAAACCGUGUGAUAUGUAUGUCCAACCUAGUGGUUUUCUUCUUCCCAAGAAGAGAGGCCGGCCAAGAUUACCAUCAGAAUCUUCAGGAAAUAACGAUAUCGUUGUUAAAAAUGUUGAUUCAGUAGAAAAAACUCAUGAUCUUAAUAAAAGUACAACAGAAAUCAAAAUAAAAGAUAUGAAAGAAAUAGAGAUAUUAAAAAAUAUAAAAUUAAACAAAAUUGACAGUAAUCUUGUAAUGAAUACUUUGGCAGACACUUUAGUCAAGCAAAAAUCGCUCUUAUAUGAUGAAAAUUUGAAAACAUUUUCUAAUUUAAAUCCAGGAACUUUACUUCCUAAAAAAAGGAGUCGGAAGUCAUCUGCGACAGUAAUCAAUGAAAACACUAAUAGAAUUUGUGAGAAAACGAAUGUAAAUGAUUCUGAAAAAACUGUAGACCCAGAAAUAAGAAACCACGAAGAAUUUGGUCCAAUAAAAGAUAAUGUAACUAAAUCAGAAAGAGAAGAUAAUGUAUUAAAAGAUACGUCCUCUGGCGUAGAACGUUCUUCAUUUGAAAAAAUUCCUAUUAUUGAAAAAAAAUCGUCAUCAUUCGAAGUAAAUACAAAUUUUAAUUUAGAAGAAAAUUUAUUAAAAAAGAGUGAUAAACCUAAUAUAAACCAAAGUGGUAUGGUUCAAACUAUUGCAACCCCAAAAAAACCAUCUGUAGAUGCCGUCUAUAUACCUAAUGAAACUGACAUCAAACUGAGUGGCUCUAUUGCAGAAACUUCUAAACAUGUUGGACAGUUAUUACAUUUAAAAAAUAUUGAAAAACAAAAUAUCGAUGAAGAUCAAACAAUCUCUAAAUCUGUUCAGGAUGAUGAUUGCUUUAAAGUCGUCGCUACUGAUCAAAGUCAGCUAAAAAACAAUAAAAAAGACGAUCAUAAAGGAGGAAGUGAACUGGAUCAGGAAAAAACGGACGAGCAAUCAUUAUUGAAACACAAUGCCGGUGAAAGUACAUUGACGUUUUCUAAUAACGCAUUGGUAACCAAUACCAGAAAUUUACCUUAUAUAAUUCAAGAUGGACAUGAAGGAAGAAAAUCCAUUUGUGAUGAUUAUAAAGACAUUGAAAAGGAAAAAUACAUUCCAAUUAAAAAAAGUAAACGAUACAGGAUUCCAUGUAGAACAAAUACUCAAACACAUAAGAUGGUUGAGGUAAACUCAACAGAACAAAUACCACAACCUCAAUCUAUAUUAAGCACUGAUCUACCCAUUAAAAAGAAAUUGAAACGUCCACAAAAAAAAUUAAAUUUGCAAAAUAAUGUUAAAAAUGAUAUUAUUACAAAACCAGAUUCAACUAUUGAAAAUCUAGAUGUCAGUACUCUAAAUCUGGAAAAUCAGAGUGACGUUUAUAAUGCUGGUGAUACAUCCAAGUUCGAAGAAAAAAACAUUUCCAUAAAUACAUCUAUCUCCAAUUCUGAACCACAUACAAACCUAAAAAGAGGUAUAAAACCAAAAAGUGAGUACGUUGCUCCACCUGAAGAAAAUAUUGAAUUACCAAUGGAGAAAUCUAUAAGAGGUAGAAGACAUGUUAAAAUUAAUUAUUUGGAAUUAGAGAAUAUGUUUGUGGAAGAUACAUAUUUAAUAAAACAAAUUAAAAAAUCUGAUGAAGAUAAGGCACCGGCAAAUACUUCGUUUAAUAGCUCAGAUAUGCCUAAAAAGAAAAGAGGUAGACCACGCAAAAGUGAAGUCACACAACCUAAAGAAAAAAUGGAAGUGACAGAACUAGAAAAUGUUUCUAGUAAACCAAAAGAUGCAAGUAGAUCAGAGGAUGAAGAAAAAAAUGACAUAGCUACCAAUCAAGAAUCUGAAGUAAACACAAACGUUGAUACCCAAAAUUCAACAGAUAUUGAUGAUAAAAAAAAUGUCUCUAAAGAAAAAAAUGAAAUUAACCCAAUCAAUUCUAAAGGUUCUAUAACUCUAAAAGAUCAGACAAUUUAUACACCAGUUUCCCAAGGUAACACAUCAGCAGAUAAUUUGUUCAAUAGCUUAGAUGUUACACUUAAAAAGAAAAGAGGUAGACCACGCAAAAGUGAAGUAACACAACCUAAAGAAAUAAUGGAGGUAGCAGGACUAGAAAGUGUUCGUAUUAAACCAGAAGAUGCAAGUAACAAUGCAUCAAAGGCAGGAGAAAAAAAUGACGUACUUAUUAAUCAAGAAUAUGAAAUCAACACUAACGUUGAUACCCAACAUUCAACAGAUAUCGAUGAAAAAAAUGUUGUUAAAGGAAAAUGUGAAAUUGACCCAAUCAAUUCUAUACGUACUAUAAUUCCAAAAGAUCAGAUAAUUUCUACACCAGUUCCCCAAGAUACACUAGCAGAUACUUCGUUUAAUAGCUCAGAUGUUACACUUAAAACGAAAAAAGGUAGACCACUUAAAAGUGAAGAAACACAAUCUGAACCAAAAAAGGAGGUAGCAGAACUAGAAAGUAUUCCUAGUGAGCCAAAAGAUGCAAAUAGCACUGCAUCAAAGGACGAAGAAAAAAAUGACGUAGUUAUAAAACAAGAAUCUGAAGUAAACACAAAUGUUGAUACCCAGCAUUCAACAAACAUCAAUAAAACACAAAACAUCGUUAAAAGUGAAAUUGAUCCAAUCAAUUCUAUAGGUACUAUAACUCCAAAAGAUAAGACAAUUUCUACACCAGUUCCCCAAGACAACACAUCAGCAGAUACUUCGUUUAAUAUCUCAGAUGUUAUGCCUAAAACGAAAAGAGGUAGACCACGCAAAAGUGAAGUAACAAAGGAGGUAACAGAACUAGAAAGUGUUACUAGAAAACCAAAAGAUGCAAGUAACACUCCAUCUAACGCAGAAGAAAAAAAUUACGCAAAUAUUAAUCAAGAAUGUGAAGUAAACACAAACGUUGAUAUCCAACAUUCAACAAAUAUCGAUGAAAAACAAAACGUAGUUAUAGAAAAAGGUGAAAUUGACCCAAUCAAUUCUAUAGGUACUAUAACUCCAAAAGAUCAGACAAUUUAUACACCAGUUCCCCUUGAUGAUUACUUGAAAAAUAAAGAAGGUGAUAAGGAAAGAUCAUACAGUACUGAAAAUCUAGUUAAAGAUCCAAGUGAAUUAGAUUUGGAAACAGAAGAGCGACCAUUACUGAAACGCAUUGCCGGUAAAAGUACAUUUACAUCUUUUAAUGAUAAACCAUUGGUAUGCGAUACCAGUAAUUCCAUUAGCGAUGAUUAUACUCACGAUGAAAGCAUAAAAAACGAAACAGAAAUUCCGCCUUUUAGAAGGCGAUGGAGGAUUUCGUAUAGAAAAAAUAUUAAAAUCGCUAAAGAAAGGAAUAAGAUAACUCAACAGAAAUUAGAACCAAUAGAUUUACGAAAUAAUGUUGAAAUUAAUAUUAGUUCCAAACAAAAUUCAACUAUUGAGAACCUAGUCAACAAUUCUCUAGAACUGGAUCAGAGUGAGGUUCAUAAUGACUGUGAUAAUUCUAUAUUUGAAGAAAAAAGCAAUAAUUCCUUAAAUUUAUCUAGCGGCAAUUCAGAACCACCCAAAAAAAAACAAAAAAGUCGGAAACAAAAAAGUGAGUACGUCACUCCACCUAAAGAAGUCAUUGAAUUACCAAUGGAGCAAUCUUUAAGAGGUAGAAGACAUGUUAGAAUUAAUUAUUUUGAAUUAGAGAAUAGGUUCAAAGAAGAUAAUAACGAUUUUAUAACCAAUAUUAAAAAACCAGAUAAAGGUAACACACAAGGAGAUACUUUGUUAAAUAGUUCAGUUACUCCUAAAAAGAAAAGAGGUAGACCACGUAAAAGUGAACUGACACUUCCUGAAGAAAAAUUAGAGGUAUCAGAAGGAGAAAGUGUUGUUAGUAAAUCACACGAUGAUUGUGGCACUGGAUCAAAGGUUGAAGAAAAGAAUGACGUACCCGUGAAUAAAGAAUCUAAAAAUAAUUCCAAAUCAACUGAUAUCCAACACAUUGAAGAUGCGAAUAAGACUUCAAAUGAAGCUAAUAUUAUAAAAACUAGUUCUGAUGAGCCUAAUAAAAACAAACGCGGUAGACCUCGAAAAGCUUUGCAACCUGGAGCAGAAAUUACUUUACCAAUGGAUAAACCGGAAACUUCAAGUACAUGUAACCAAUCUGAUCAAAAUGAGGACAGCUAUCACAUUGAAAAUGAAGUUAAUAUUAAAACACUCGAUGAUGAAGUGAAUUCGAUACCUAGUACUUCGUUUGACAGUCCAGCAUCUACAGUUAAGAAGCGAGGAAGGCCUAGAAAGGACCAUUUUAAAGACAUUGAAUUAAUGGAAAUAGAAUCCAAGCGGGGAUCCAGACAAUCCGUAACUUAUUCUGAGACCAAGAAUCAGUUGGAUGAAGAUUCUGUAGAAGAAAUUGGAUUUAUUAAAAAACGAAAACGAAAAAUUUCUUCAAGCGAUCAAGAAAUAAUUGAUGAGCCAGUUGAAAAACCGAAAUAUGUGUAUACAGGAAGGUAUACAAAGUUGAUCAACGAUGUUUUCACUGCAGCGGUUUCAAAAUCCGACGAUACUGAAGAAAAUCCAAAUGCCAACAUAAAUUUUCAACCUAGGGUUUGUGGAAGACCAAAAAAAAAUACUGAACCUGCGAUCAGCGUUGAUGAUAAUGGCCAAGUUACUUGUGUUCCUUGUCAAAUUAAAAUCCCCGAAGAAGAAUGGAUUGAUCACAAUGAAAAUAAACAUUCAAAUUUAUCAUGGAGAGAAGGAGAACAUGUAGUGUUAUUAGACCAACCAUCAUUACUUAAAGACAAAUUGAAACCUUUGUUAAAAAAAAAUGGAUCAUUGACUUGUACGAAAUGUAAACAAAAAUUUAUGAAAAUUUUACCCUUCGUUUCUCAUACUGAAGAAUGUAUCGGUAUAGUCGUGAAUGGAAAUGUCACUUGCUCUUCAUGCAAUAAGAGCAUGCCUAAAAAAGAUUGGUCGCACCACAAGAUUAGACAUAAUAACAUGACCUGGAGAGUAGGGGAACAUCCACUGGAUCUAAACAAUGAAACAUUCGUUUUGACGACCUUAAAUGCGUUAUACAAGGCCAAAAAGCCUUUGUACUGCGAAAAAUGUGGUAUAGUGAAGAAAUCGGUGGUUGGACUUUUGUCGCAUUUGGGACAAUGUGGCAAUACGGAGCAAGCGAAAAUUGAGUGCGAGUUGUGCGGUAAAAAAGUGUUACCCGUCAGUCUACCGACCCAUAUCAAACUAGCGCAUGAAACUGCCAAAAAGGUUGAAACGACAUCAAAUUACUUUCAGGUGGAUUUGGAGGUGUCACAGAAGAGGAGAAAGGCUGCUACCAAAGCUAUGGCUAAAAUUGACGAAUUUUCUUCAGAUACAAAAGAAACACUUACGCAUUUUAUUAUAAAUAUGAAAUUUGAAGACAACGAUUUAUUAAUGGCGUUCAUAAAUAAAGAAUUAGAAGAAAAUAAUUUUGUCAAAUGCAAAAUAAGUACCUGCGAAUUUUCGAGUGUGAAAAUUUUAGAUGCAUUGUCUCACCUUAAAGAUUGCUCUUUGAAACUGGACCAGCGCUUUACUUGCAAGACUUGUUUUUUAACGGAACCUACCGAAGAGGACAUUAUCGAUCAUUUGCAGAAGGUGCACAACCUUGAAAUGAAACAGGAAGAUCCGGAGUAUGUUUAUAACGAUGAAGAUAAUAAUGUACAUGAUUUUUUUCUGGAUGAUGAAAAUGCUUUAGAAAGACCAAAGAAAAGGAAACGAUACCUAAGAACACAACCUUAUAAGGAUACAUCGAAUCUUAAACUGAAACCCCGUUUCAUUCAUUUAGUAAGCAGAGGAAAAUAUGCUGACAGUAAUCUAUUUUCGCACGCGUUUGAAUACGCGUUUGAAUUUUGCGAGAAAAAUUAUAACAUUAAAAGUCUAUUCGAUGAUCUAAAGUGCGACGAAUGUUUUUGGAAUCUAAUAGACGAUGAACAUUUGGAGAAAUAUAUGCCGCUUUACGAAUUAUCGUGUGACGUUGUCAUUAGAAAAGUAAAAGGAUUAAAAAGUAAAAGUAUUUUCAAAGAUGAAAUAGGGUUUAAGAAAUAUGAAUUAUUCGAAGUGGAACAACAAGAUGCUCGUACCACCAUAUUUUGCGGCGCCCCGGUACGCUGCAUGGCGUGGAUGCCGACCCCUUACGAAUCUUUGAACCAGCCCCAAAUUCUGGCCGUGGCGACGAGCAAACAUUUCGACGAAAAAUAUAAUCACUUGAAACAUUAUUCCGAAACGACUGUGAUCCAGUUCUGGAAUUUCGGUUUAUUGCAGAAUGGCAAAGAUAUCACCGAACCCAAACUUGAAUUUUGCUUGGGCGUGGAUAACGGGCCGGUGUGGUGUAUGGAAUGGUGCCCAUCGGGGUGUUACAAUGUGGAUGGAUCAAUUGUGUGGAGUAGAAGGGGCUUGUUGGCAGUUGCUGGACAUUCGAUGCCUGUGCAUAUUUAUUCUAUACCGUUGUUAACAGAGGAUCAAAGCGGAUUGUUUUACAAAGCCAAACCUGUAUUGAAGCUGCAACUAGUCAAGGACGAUACUAAUUUAAAGAGGCUGCUUUUUCCUACAAAACUAUCGUGGAGUAAGGUGUCAGGGCAUAAUCAUAUAGCAGUAGGUUACAGUGAUGGAACUGUAGCUCUCUAUAAUUUGAAUACAUCGUCAAAGCUAUUAAGGUUUAUAGAUAAAUCAUCGGCAGACGUUUUGAUGCCUUAUAAGAUCUUGAAAACUCACUCUCACUACAUAUCAGCUAUUUCUUUUAUACCAAUUGGUCAAGGUAAUAGAUGGUUACUGACGUCCUCUUUCGAUAAAGCUGUUCAUUUAUGGGAUUUAUACACUGACGAUAAGAUUUCUCUUAAGAAAGGCAAAUUGGCGUCCGAUGUUGUUUGGUUAACGCAAUGGUUAAGUUUUAUAACUGGUGGUGAUGAGUCAACUGCAGUUGGUCAGGCUGUCGCUGUAACCAACAGUCACCGGGAAUAUUUGUAUGACGUGCACACCCUUUCCUAUUCCUUAUCGUCGUUUACGUCGAUUUCUACGAGCGAUUGGUUAAAUGCGUUCGUACACGGCAACGAAAACGGUGAAAUUGUCAUAUCUUUGCUUCAUCAGAUGCUGUACGAAAUGGGAAGGUUAAGAAAAUCCAACGAUUAUCGAUAUAUACUCGGGUAUUCAAAAUUGAUCGACAAAACAUUGUCGCCCGAAGAGAGGGCUACUGUCGAAGAAGAAAAAAAGAAAGUUUUAAAGGUUCUCCCGCGCCAACGUCGUAAAUUGCAAGAAGCUUCAGACGGAAAUUCCCAUUAUCAUUGGUAUGAACCUUAUGAAUACGAAGAAGCCACUGCAAAAUACGGGUUGAUGUUCUGUGAUACUGCCGAUCUGUACAAAUUGAGUUCAACGUAUCAAGAUACUGAACCGGUUAAGUCUAAUUUGUACCCCCUGAUGGCCAUCAACCAAGUCAGCUUCAAUCCCAAUCAACAAGCCAGUUUAUUCUUCGCGACCGGCUAUCAAAUCGGAUUCGUUAGAGUGUCUUAUUUGAAAUUUUUGGAAGAUGAUCGACAAAUUCGAAAGUCAAAAUCGUAAUAGAAUAAGCUUUAAACGUUACCGUUUAUUCAUAAUUUAAUUAAGAACAAAAAAAUCAUUAAGAACUUACCCUGUGAUGCAAGAAGUCUUGGUCUAGGACACUAAGGUUCAAACGGCAAGGCGCUGUGGGCCAUAGGGCAUAUUAUAUCACCUUUUAAAGGUGAAGGAGAUAUUGCAUGCUCUUCAGAAUUUAUUGCAAAUGAAGACACUGGUGCAAAAAGGGAGUAACUCCGAUUUAAUUAAUUUUUUAGGAGAAGGUAAUAUCUAUUUAUAUUUGAAAAUAUUUUGUUAACAUUACGUUGUAGUUUACUUAAGAAUACAUAUUAGGUCCAAAUUUCACACUUUUAAAUAAUUUCGUUAAAGUACAGCAUUUAAAAAAAGUUGAGGAGCUGCUUCCUUUUUGCACCGGAAAGUAAUAGAAUUGUGCCUAAAUUAAUACACUAUUAAAUAAAAAAUCCUUAAAUUUUACAGUUUAAUGUAGAUAAAAGCAACACAACUAUGUAGCAUACUUUUUAUUAUAGUCAUUUUAAGCAUAAAGUGUCUGCUCACUGGAUAUGCUCUUCUUUUUUUACAUAUACAAUCAGCUAGGACGUAUUUUGUUGCUAGUUCUUUUACAUGCAGAUAUUUAGGGCGCUUGAGUGGUAAAGGGCCGGGUAGAGGUGUAAGUCUUAGGGCAUUUUACGAAAACAGGUGCUGCUUCGAAGUGGCAAAAAGAUGAAUUGAUUUGGUGCACAAACGAGGUAGCUCCAGAGUCGUCUCCGUUUUCCACUGAAUUAAAGUAGGGGGACGACAAUAUAUUCCGUAUUACCUCGUUCUUGCACCAAUCGAUAGAGCAUCUUUUUUUUAUAUCUUUCACUAUAAAACGAAUAAUCCUAUCAAAGUGGAGCUGCCUCCUUUUUGCACCAGUGUCUUCAAACGCUCUACGCAUUAUUUGCAAACUUUAGAGAAAAGAACUGUUAUCUAUAAAUAGUCUUGAUUAUAUUUUUCGUAGUUUACGUAUUUAUUUAUUUAUUAAUAUAGUUUGAUACUGUUGUUUCCAUCAACCAGUAUCUUUUUUUUUUUCAAAGAGCAUCUUUUAAUUUUAUAUUUUAUAAAGAAACGACAGAGCUCUACACUACAUACCUGAGUUCCACCUUCUUUAAUUUUUUUUUUUAAUUGGAUGUCUCAACACUUUUUAAUUAGUUAAUUUUACAAUGUUUAUCGGCUUAUUUGGUUUUUAUAAUUUUGCCUGUGCUUUAAAUAACUUUAUUCAAUAUGAGUCGAAUGGCUGUUUAAAAAUCGAUGGGCAAAAUCAAAUUUUGUUCGUAGCUACAUUAUGCUGUGUAAAUAUACCCGGUCUAUAGUCGACCUUCUUGCCUAAAUCCUGAUAUUCCUUAAUUCUUUGUCUGUUUUGUAUGAUUUUCGCUAGAUUUUAUUUACAGAGUGUUCCUUAACGAUAUGCGAUUAUUUAAGGAUGUGAAUCUACAUGAAAAAUUAAUAAGUUUUCUUUAUAAAUUAUUGUCCAAAAAUGUUCCGUUAUGAAUAUACAAGGUGCUAAACUUUUAAGAAAAAAAGGAGAAUUAAUUUUUUCCUAACCGCUUGAGAUAUUUCAGCGAUAUUUAAUUUUAAGUGACAGUUAAUAGGUGCAAAUUCUUCAAUACAAAAAUAUUUUUCAGCUUUAACAGUGGUGUGCGUACAGACACUAGCCCGCCCCAACAUUAAAAAAAAAUACGCCAUGGUUUUUCCCAAAUAAAAAUUAUUUUUAAAUACUUCGUUCAAUUUUAAACUUAAAGAGUCUGCCGAUUUGUUUUCCUACGUUGCCCCGUUUUUAAGUAAAAAAAAAAUAAAAACUUGUAUUGUCCGAAAAAUUAAUGUAAUUAUUAAAGAAUAAUAGGAAAAAAAUGAACAUGUGGAACAUAGUUUAUAAAGCAAACUAUCACUAAUUUUUCAUGUAGAUUUACACCCAUAAAUUUAGUAUGGCAAUCCCCUUUCCAGAACCAAAAGUAUGAAAGAGAUACUCCAGACAUUUGCGAAGCCCUGACGAGCUCAAAUUCCUUAAGAACAAUCAGGACCUUCAACCAGUUGCCAAAUUAAAAACUCUCAUCGCUCACGCUAGUCAUGCUCGGUGUGAUUCUUUAUUUUUUUUAUUUUUUCUUUUGUAACUCGGUAAGCAGAUGUUCCCUACGACUUUCCUCAUACCACAGCUUGAUGAAAAUCGCUGCCUUUUUACUCACUCCACCUUGCCCUUUUGGGUCUUGUGUCAUUACAGUAAAUACAUUUGCACCGUUAGCCUUUGAGAAAUAAGGGAAGAUUAAAAUGACAUACAUCCCCUAUGUAUUAUGGUUGUCCACUUUUCUGUUAAUUGGACCAGGUGUGCUCAUGUUUUUGGUAUCAAAUGCAAUCAUUUCAAAAAAACUAUUGUUUCUUUAUAAUUCUUGAGUUCUAUGCGAGUAAAACCAUUUUAUAUAAGAUUUGUUUUGUUUUACAUAUAUAUAAAUAAUGACGAAAAAAUUGUACAUAUGUAGGUAUUUAUUUUUAUGUUAAAUAUUAAUAUAUUUUAUAUUUAAAAUGAAUGUAAUAUAUUGUUUUAAUAAAUUAUAGCAAACAUUUAAAGAUAUUUAGUUUUGAAGAGGUUUUUCUCCAUAGUGAAAUUAUUUUUACUUAUUUUUGACGUCUUACAAUCGGAAAACACUUGGACACCAAUUUUGUUAACGUGAACCCUCCGAUGCUACUUGCGAAAAGCCUAUGGCAGCUUCAGAUGGAAACAAUGAAAAAUUCCAGAGGUCGAUGUUGUCUAUCGGGUUUGAAUAGGUAUUGACACGACAAAGAAUUUUCGCUCUCAUGGUCUGAAUAGGUAUAUCUGAGAAAGGCCGCAACAAGUUCACAUGUCGAAAUUAAAAUGCAGGGUGAUGCCGACUGAUAUUUGGAUCAAAUUUUUGAAUUUGAAUAAUUAAAUUAAUUUUAAAAUAUAAUGAAAAAACAGGUUAAUUACAGUUUAAUUGUCUUUUAAAUUAAAGCCAUUUAUUUUAAUGUAGUUCGAUUGGUAUGGUCUAAGAAUGACCUUCCAGAAUACCAAAUUACCAAUUGGGUUAGUUCCGACCGUAUUAUAAUAUUAAACAACUACUUCACUGUAGAAUUCCCAGAAACUAAUUUUUCGAGACUUUUAAAUAACCAUCUAAAGUGAAAGUCAAAAUAUUCGGUAACCUUAAUUAUUAUAAACCAAUUACUAUUCUAUAAAACAUACAAAAAAUAAACACAUUUUUUAGCUAAUCUUGCUUAUAAAUUUUGGCUUUCAACACGGCCUUAUCUAAAAUUUCGGUAAAAGUUCUUUGAGUCAAAUCGCACAAUUCGGCGCUUUCCUUCGACGCUAUUUCCAAGCUCUUGCCCAAAUGUGCGUCGAAAUGCGAGGCCAGAGACGCUUGGGAUUCACAUAUCCUCGCCAAUUGCAUGAGGAGGUUGAUUAUGUCUUCAGUUAGAGGUGGGAACGCUUCGCUAAUUCGAACUAAAGCCGGCAGAACUGGAUUGAAAAGUUUUAUACGCUGAGUGCUAGAUACACCUAAAAUAUAUAUUAACUGUUACAUCGUCUUUAGUAUUCUGUAUGUAGAUACUCACCACCCAGAAGUGCGUAAAGUAAAUUUAGUGAUAAGACGCACAAAUUCAAACUUUUUGGUAGCGCAUAUUGCAAACUGAUAUGCGACAGAAGUUGAAUGCCGAAUAUUUGUUUGUUUAAACUGGGCUGUUGCAUCAAUUCCUGCAAAAAAUCCAAACAAAUGUGCAUAGAGGGCACGCCCUUGACUACUAUUUCGAUCAGUUCGCUUGGAUAAGUCUGAAAACAUAAAUACUUGAGCAUUCACGUGAAUUGAUUAAUAGUUACUCCUAAUCGGCAAUAGGGCUCUGUUUCUACGCUUCCCGUAUUCACCGACAUCUCCCAACAUACUAGCCACACACCACAGACAGAAAUAAUAAGUACUGUAUAUUAAAACUUACUUGAAAAUGUACCAGUUUACACAGCAUUGUAUCGGCAAUGAAAGCUUGAUGAAGGUAACUGCACACUAAAGAUCGAACUUCUUGUAACGACCAUUGUCUACCGGGUAUCGCUUUGUCAGCAUCAGUUUCUGAACAUGUUUCUAUCAACAUCUGAAUGGCUGCAGAUUC